ACUGAGAAGUCAUCUAGCUAGCUCUGAAGUUGGUUUAGUGCAGCUAGCUGUAUAUGUUGAUACAUUGUAGAUGCAUUGUAGUGUAGUAGUCUAACAGAUCAGCUCUGAGAAUGACCAAUAAAGCAACUGACAUGCAAUCUGCAAGCAGAGAGAAGCCCAGGCUAACCACUACUAGAUCAGCUCCUGCAUUAAUCUCUACCAGCUCAACGAUGCAAGUGCAUAGACGACAAAGAACCAAACAGAUGCAGCAGCCUAAGAUAUCAUCUAUCAACUUGAGAUGCAAAAGUUUCCCAAAUGAGGCAUGCAGAGCUGGUGUUGAUAACAACAAUGUAAUCGAUAGCAUAGCAGAGCCAUAUCUCGUGCCAAUAACCACCAACAAGACUUUGAGUCAAGUAACCAAGGCAAAGAAAGUUGCUCUACUACCCAGGACAGCACAGAGUGGAGUGUGUUCACAGAAGGCUGUUUGGGAGAGCUCAAGAAGACUUGUCCCACCACCAAGGCAGGUCUCCAGAAACACUUCCAGUGUCAAACUACCAAACGAACAAUCGAAACGUGUAUCCUUUGUGUCACAAGAUAAACUGUGUCAAAGCAAACGGAGGGAGUUAGCUUAUCUCGUAGUAGAUCUAUCCACCGCUAGAGAAAGAAAGAAAAGUUUCGAUGACCUGGAUGCUGAGCUAGAGCUACGGUUAGCCCGAGAAGACAGAUCCUCACUCACUCGCUCAAACACAAUCAGUGGGAGAAUCAAGGCACCCAAGAGCCCUCAAGACAGGGCACAGAUGACCACACCCAGGCCCAAAGUCCUGCUGACCUCACCCGGACCCAUCCCCCCUAAGAGAGGGGUCAGGAAGUGGCCACCAAGCUCCUCCUCUAGCGGCAGUGGUACCACUCCUAGCGAGAGAAUAUCCACUAGCAGCAAUACGGACAGUGGUGGAACAGCUGAGUCAGCAAACCUGUCUGAUUUAUCCUCUGAUGCUUUCCUGUCAUCAACCGAAGUUUCAAGUGAUAAGAAAUGCUCCCCACGCUUGAACAAACAAACAAAUAAACAACCUAAACGACGUGCCCCACCCCCUCCACCCAACACACUUCCACGAUCCAUCCCCCCACCCCCAUAUGGUCCUGCCCCCAUACUCCUCACACCCCCACAGCCGCUAAAGCACAUGAGAGAUAAAUCACCCUCUCUCUCUGUACAGACUAGAAGAUUGUCCAACACCGAUACAAAGCCAAAAGUGUGUACGUUAGGAAAGAGCAACUCCAUCACUCAACUCAGCAGUGGGCGGCCAUUUGUCAGACCACGCCCUCCCAACACAAAGACAAAGCCAAAGGUGAAGGAGGCAAAGGUGAAGGAGAGCAGGUCAACAUCACAAGUUGGACUGCAACCGAAAAUGAGGCCAACUAUCUCCAGUCCGCAUCUGAUCAGCUCAACAAAGGCCAUUUCGAGUAAGAGUAAGCCGGUCUCGGGUCCAUUCCGUCGUCUUCCGAGCCCACCUUUGGUAUCGGAAAGUAUCCCCACACAAACACAUUUAUUGCACACUACACAAGAUGGUUUCAACUCUCCGUACGAAGAUGUUGAAUUCAGCCCACCAUCUCCAUCACUUCCGAUACCUCCCCCUCGCCCGAAACGCGACCAGAAGAGACAAUCAAACUCAUCAGGAACUAAAGCUACCCAAAAACCUUUUUUUGUAUUACCCUCACAGAACAUUGCUUGCUCCAAACCACCCUCACAAAGCCUCUCGUCCCUACAGAGGAAGUUAGACAGUAGUCCCUCACCCAAACCAUGUGGUGUACCGAUGGAUUAUUCGGAGCCUGUUCUGAGCGGGGAGAUGAAAGAGAGUGAUGAUGAUGAGCCGGUGGGAGAUUACGUUGAUAUGGGCCCAGGAGUACUCACUGAGUGGACCCAAUCCAGGGUGACAGAGGAGGAGCAAGACCACUCUGAAGAUUGCUAUGUGGAAAUGCAGCCGGGGCUCGAUCCAUUUGCCUCUGACAAACCUGAGCCUAUUUAUAUCGAGAUGAAUUCGCAAGACUUCGUCAGACCACCCCCUGAGAAACCAGAGUCUCUGUACUACGCCACUAAAGACUUGUUCUUUAACAGAAAAGAUCUACAAGUGCAGGCGUCUUCAAAGAGGACUUGACAUCACUUAAACUUGCAAGUAUAUACAGUGUGCCUUUGGUUUUUAUGAACUAUAAAUUAUUAUUUUUGUAUCAUGUACGCCACUCCAUAUAGGUAGACAAGGUGUGAGGCAACUGCACCAUAAUCAUCAUUAAUUUCCUUGUCCUCAUAUUGAUCUCCUUGAAUCAUCUCUCACAUCACAGGUUGUCAAGUAUCAUAUAUAAAUGAUUAUAAUUAUAUAUUAUUUUUGUUGCAAAUAAUUAUUAAAAAUUAAGUGAACAAUGAAUUGUGUAAAAAUAA